AAAUUUUCAUGGAUUUUAAUUAACGAAAUGACUAUAAUCCAUGUUUUGUGGGAAGUUGAAAUUUCUUCCUGUAAUUUUAUUUUUGUGUGUCAAUCGAAUAACUAAUAUAGAGUAUUACUCCUAAUAUUUAACUUAUCAAUUUUGGUGAAUUUCAUUUCUCAAACAAGCCAUUUGUAUUAAACCAUGGGUGUUAGUAGUAUUAAACCAUGGGUGGUAGUAAAUAUACUAUCAUCUGCAUCCGACCUGCCGAAUUAUAAUUGUUACGGAGGAAAUGAACUUGUAUCAUUAUCUAUUAAUUUUACAAGAAAUUCCCAAGGACUUGACUCAAUAAAGUAUGAACUACCUCAUUAAAUAAUCCAAAGGCAUAACUUGUGGGAGGAGAUAAAUUAAAGAAGAAGAAUUUAAUAAAGUGGGUCCAACAUCAUACCACCUUUAUUUCCACGUGUUCAGAAAAUGACCCCAAACUCAAACAUAUUUUUUAAAUAAUAAAAAAAAAACAGUUUAUAAAUCUGACGUCGCCAACCCUUCUUCUCAAAUUCACUCACUAGUCGUAGUUCCAAGCAGCUUCUACUCUCACUUUGCUCUUUCUCACUCUCUUUCUUUCUUCUUCCCCAAAUUCACGAAACCCUAGUUCUCCAGCUUUCCAUCAUAGGAAAACAAGAUGCUUUCUGAGUUAAAAUGUCAUUGUGUUAAGAUGAUGCAGAAGUAUGGUGCUAAUGUUGUCUGCAUGGUGUGACAUAUGUUACUUGACUUCAUGGAUUUCGAUCCAAGAAUUUUAUCUGGCGGACAUGGGUGGCAUUAUAAUUUUCACUUUGGCAACGGAUACGAUAUCAUUGAAGAAGAUGUAGCCAAUGAAAAAUCUUGUGUGCAAGCGCUGCGAUAUUUGAUUGCUAAAGCAGAUGCUGAAAUUGAUGAUCUUGAAGAUGAAUUGGCUGUCCUCCAAUGUCAACUGAAGUGGGCUAAAUCGGAUGGGCAGAGGGAUCCCUAUGAAGUCUGCUGUGCUACUUUCAAGCGAAAGAUAGAUAUGCUGUCUAAAUCAAUUAAGGAUGCGAGAGAUAAAAAAAUACUUAAUGAGCAUGACAAGGGCACAACAAAAAUCCAAGUGCCAACUGAGAGAAUCUAUGACAUCAUUAGUGCUUUAAUUGAGCAGAAUUUGUCCUCUCCCGAUGAACAGGUGGAAGACAGGUCUAAUGAAUUGAAUUUGCUUAUAGAUUCUGGCUCAAUUGACACUGAUAUGGAAAAAGAAACAGCUUUUGAGUCAUGUGCAGAGUCCAAGGAACUGUCGAUAGAAUUUGAAAGGCUAUGCAAGCCUGCAGCCACUGUUUCUGAAGAAUCUUGUUCAGAUGCUACCCGAUAUGUAACAAGGGACUCCAUUGAGGCUAGAGAUAUCAAUAAGACUAAUGUUGAAGUGAUUGGGCAAAAGAAAGAUGAUGUUUACGAGUGCACACCUGCAGGGGAAAAUGUAUUCAUAGCUUGUGUGCAGGCUUACAAUGAUAGUGUGAACUCAAAAUCAAGAGCUUUGCAUCAUGGAGAAAUUGAGGAAUAUGUGACUGGAUCAAAGAACAGUGGAAGUAGCUCUUCUCCUGUAUCUUCAAAGACAGAAGUGAUUGUAAAAGUUGAAAAAGAUGAUGAUACAGAUAUGAGCAUUCAACUUGUUGCUGCUGAUUUCCUUUGCAAUACGCAAGAUCUUAAAAGCGAAGAUCCUGAUGAAGGUCAUCAUCAAUUGGGUAAAAAAAAUAAAUCCCAACGAAAUAAAUCCAGUUUAAGUUCAAUUCUAAAACCAUCAGGGCAGAAAGUAAAGAGGAAAUAUGUCAAAGCUGUCAGACAAUCUAACCUGAGCCUGAUGCUAAUGCCACAAAGGAGUGGAAAGAGGGAAAACCCUUCAAAAGCAGCUGACUUUGGACAAUCUAAUUCACCUGCCCUUCUGGUUAAUGAGGGAUCUAGCUCUCUUCCUGAAGUGAUUCAGCAGAGAAAACCAGGAGACAUAGCUCACACAAAUCUCCCUAGGCUCUUAGAACCUCAGGAAGUUAGCAGCAAAAAUGCUAGUAUUCAGUCCCAUGAAGUGAUAGUUUCAAAGGGGGCUGAUCUUUGUGCAAGGAGUGAUUUGGCUGCAAAGAUGCAGAAGCAAUUAGUGUUUGGCCUGGAAUCACCUCUAGCUGCAGAAGGGAUACCUCUACUGCUUGAUUCUAGUCCAGAACAUGUGCAUACUGUUGAAAGUAAGAGUGCUAUUGCAGAGGAUGUAGAAACAAAAGAGUUGGCCUCCUAUGAUAAAGAAAGCUUGACAUUAAAGCUUUCUCAAGAUUCUGAUUUCUUGAACAAGAUGAGAGUACCAGAACUAAAAAGAAUUUUGAAGUUUUUCAAGGUCCGCGGUUUCUCUAAACUCAAGAAAGAGAACAUGAUUGAGGAACUGACCAAAGUACUAAGCAACACAUAAAACUACAAGCAAGAAAUGUACAGGAAAACAAUCCAUUUUUUUUUCUUCUAACCUGCUUUUUGUCUCUGCAGUGUUUUGCUCAUUUUGUCAGGGCUUUGCUGUGGGAUUAUUUUUCAAGUCCCGGUAAGAAGUUGGCUGUAGGUAUACAUUGAUGACAAUAUACAUAAUACAGAGUUUACAUUGCAGAUUGUUGCUAGGGUAAAAAUAUGUAGGGUCUUCUGAUGCUGUCAUUUCUUUUGUUUCAUUUUAAUGUUCGCCUCGUUCUACAAUGGCACUGAUGAUUCAUGUACAGAGCAUAUAAGUGAAACUGGAAUUAUGUGCAGCAAAUUGAAGAAUGAUCAUUCUAUAGUUUUUUGUUUUA